GGGAGCGGGAAACAUGGCCGGGCAGGCUGCUGGCGGCGGCUACGGCGGCGGCGGCGGCGGCGACGGUAGCAACGACUGGUACUACGAGGACGAGGGCGACUACAGUGUGUUCAAGGCGGCUGUGGAGGUGUUCGGGAAGCUGAAGGAACUAAACUGCCCCUUCCUAGAGGGUCUGUAUAUCACAGAACCAAAGACGAUUCAGGAACUGCUAUGUAGCCCCUCGAAAUACCGCUUGGAGAUCCUGGAGUGGAUGUGUAUACGGGUCUGUCCCACCUUGCAGGACAAGUUUAGCUCACUGAAGAGGGCCCCGGCAGAGGUGAAGAUCCAAGAGAUGGUGAAAUUAGGCCAUGAGCUGAUGCUGUGUGCACCAGAUGACCAGGAGAUCCUGAAGGGCUGUGCCUGUGCCCAGAAGCAGCUGCACUUCAUGGAUCAGUUGCUGGAUGCGGUCCGGAGCCUGACUGUUGGCCUAAAGGAGCACUUCGAGGAUACCAGAGAGAAGAAUGAGGCAUUGCUUGAGGAGCUCUUCUCCAACCCCCACCUGCAGACGCUCCUGAACCCCCAAUGUGACCCAUGGCCCCUGGACAUGCAACCCCUCCUUGACGAGCAGAGUGACAACCGCCAGCGGGCCAGCCCCUCUGUGGGGUUUGAGGAGGAGGAAGUGGUGGAGCUGGCCAGACAGCUGCAGAACAGCACUGCCAAGCUGCAGGCACUCAGGCUAGAGUGCUUUGUGCAGCGCAAGCAGGGGACCCCUGUGGGUGGGGCCGACACCAGCACCCUGGACCAGAAGCUGCGCCUGGUCAUCUCAGACUUCCACCAGCUCAUCUUGGCUUUCCUCCAAGUCUACGACAAUGAGCUGCGUGAGUGCUGCCGGCGUCCAGGCCCUGACCUUCACCCGUGCGGCCCUGUCGUCCAGGCUGUGUAUCAGUCUCUGACUUCCUGCAGCCAGCUGCUGAAAGCCAUGGUGAAGCUUGCCGACACCUCUGUGAGAGCCAUGGAGAUGGCCAGGAAGCAGCAGGGUGAGCAGAUCUGCUGGGGCAGUGACAGCUCUGUGAUGAGCCUAGCCACCAAAAUGGAUGAGCUAACACGGAAAUAUAAGGUCUUCAAUGAAAGUGUGCACAAAGGCCCAGGAUAGUGUGGGGGCAGGAAGCCCUCCCCAAGGGCCGAGCUGUGGCAGGAGGAGCAGUUAACAGCCCUGCCGU